AUGUUCAAAUUCAACACCAUCUAUCUUUUAGUUGUUGUGGUAACUCUUUUCAUCGCUUUGAUAAACAACAAUUCUCAUGUCAAUGCUCUUCAGUUGCAAACAAGAGCAAAUUCCACAUGUCAAGUUAUGAUUAACGGAGCAGAAGUUAAUAUUGCAUCCAUCGAUAGACCAAAAGGAUAUUUUAUCAUUGCAAGAUCUGAUCAUAAUAUCAAGUUCCUUCUUAAUCUUUGUAAUGCUUCUCCUAAUCCAUAUUACUGGAAUUCACUUUGUAAAUUCCCAGCUAAAUCUGCUGGAUAUCAAUUCGCUUUUGAAUAUAAUCUUUGUUAUUCACUUUCAACUCCAGAAAAUCCAAAAGUUUCUUACAAUAGUGAAACUAAAACAGUUACCAUUACUCAUCCUCCAAGUGUUAUCAAUAGAGAUGGAGUUUCAAGACAAAUGAAAGUUAGCUUAGUGUGUGACAGAAAUUCAAGUUUGUGGCCAGAAUUGGAUUUCGAAGGAGAACAAAACUUGUUGUCUAUCGUUUCUCUGGAAAGACAAGUUAUAUUUGUCAUUAAUGAAUCCUUUGCUGAUAAAGAUCUUUCAAUUUGUUUCUAA